AUGAAGCCGGUCGUGCAAAGGCGGCGAUCCGCCUCAGCCAUCAGCAAAGCUCUCAGCAAGACCAAAUCCAGCAGGGAACUUGUUUUUCCCUUUUCCUAUCCUGACAAUGGCUUACUUGCUGGGGCCUUUGGCAGCCCAAACUCCACGUUUCUCCUGGAUGAGCGUGCACAGCUGACUGUGGGCCUGCAGACGCAAGAGCGCCAUUUGUUCCUCUUCAGUGACAGACUAAUUGUGGCUAAGUCUAAGUCUUCCUCCAGCUUGAAAAUGAAGAAGCAGGUACGGCUGAGCGAAGUGUGGGUAGGCUCCUGCCUCAGUGAAGUAUCGGAGAAAAAGAUGAGCCCUGAGAACUCAUUUGUUCUUGGCUGGCCCACCAACAACUUCAUUGUCACUUACAGCUCGCCUGAAGUGAAAGAAAGAUGGCUGUCAACGCUGCUGUGGCAUAUUAAUGAAAUGAAGCAGAAUGAACGUCCCAAAAGUUUCCCCAUGCAGAUUCUGUUGAUGGAUGGCGACAAUAGCUCAUCUAACACCACGAUAAGUGUAUCCAACACAGAGACAGCAGACAGCAUCAUCAAGAAAACAACACAAAACCUGGGACUUCUGGGCCGACCAAGUGACUAUCACCUCUGGGUCAUAUCAGGAAGGGAUGACCCUGCAUACCCUCUUAUUGGUCAUGAGCGUCCCUUCAGCAUUAUUCUUGGCUGCCUCGGAGACUCUCUAGACCAACUCCAGGGAACCAACAAUAACACGCAGCUGUCUGAUGAAAACGAAACUUCCCUCCUGGACCAGCUCCCCAGGGACAGGCAAUGUCAGUUCAUCCUAAAACCCAAGCCCCACGCUCCAGUGCAUCUACAAAGAGAAACUUUCCAGAAACUCACCAAGAGGAAGAAAUCUUUGAUUGAUUGGGCUCUCCGCCGAAGUACCAGCACCCCAACAGGCAGCCCAGCAUCACAGUCCCCAACCACCCCACGGAAACUCUUUGGUCUGUCCUUAACAUCUGUUUGUCCUGAUGGAAGCCUCCCCAAGCCAAUCAUGGAUAUUCUACAACUCCUCUACCAGGAAGGUCCUUCUACGAGGGGCAUCUUCAGGCGCUCAGCAAACGCCAAGAUAUGCAAAGAGCUAAAAGAGAAACUCAACUCCGGAGACGAAGUGCGAGUGGAUCGUGAAUCUGUCUUUGUUGCAGCCGCCGUCAUCACGGAUUUUCUGCGAAAUAUACCUGAUAGUGUUCUAUCCUCAGAAAUGCACAAUCUAUGGAUGGAAGCCAUGGAUAAAGAGACCCGAGCACAUAAGAUUGAAGCAGUCAGAAGUUUAGUGAAUCAGCUCCCAGAAGCGAACCUUAUUCUGCUCAGACACCUCUUUGGAGUCCUCCAUCACAUUGAGCAGAAUUCCAUGGAGAAUCAGAUGAAUGCUUUUAACCUGGCCCUCUGUAUCGCCCCCAAUAUGCUCUGGCUUCCCAGCCCAACUGGGCCCGAGGAGGAAAGCAAGUCUACAAAAAAGGUGGCCAUGUUGGUGCAAUUCCUGAUUGAAAACUCUGCUGAGAUUUUUGGAGGAGAUGUUGCUUUGCUGUUUCGAAGACCAGAGAAAGGGAAGUUGGGAAGCUUGGACAACUUACUGGCUCAGCACAAUGAUUCUUCAGAUGAGAUGGAAUAUGCCACUUCCUACCAGGAAACGUCAAGACAGCAUUAUGUGGUAGAAACAGAGGAUGGUGUAUUCGCCCCGCCAGGUGGGUUCCAGCUCAAUGAGAAGCAAGAAGAUUGGGACUUGUUCAGCGAGAUCACCGCUUGCUACCAAAGCAAAGCCCAGAAGAAUGCCAGUGCUGACAGCUACGACCUCCUAGAGGAAGAGGCCUCCUUCUGCUCCACGGGCUCAGUCUGCUCACUGAGCCCUGCGAGGAAUAGGUGCUCCUCGGAACCCAGCGUCUGCUUGAGCUCUCAGCUCCAGACCCGAGACCAUGAGCCGGUGGCCCGGCAGUCCAGCUGUGACGCCACCCUCAUGCAUAGCCAGGGAGACUGCAUCCGCAGGCUCCAGCAGCUGCAGCUGGAGAGUCAGAAGCUCAUUAAUGAAGGCCUGAGCCCUGGACUGAGCAGAGCAAGGCAGGGAUUCUGGAGGCGAUCCCCUGCUCCGAGUGGCAGCUUGGCAAGAAGCUUCGGCCUGCAGAAGUCAAGCCUGUCCAACAGGUCUAGCUUCUCCAGCCUGUCCUCGGUCACCACGUCCCCCUCAGCCUCCUCCCUCAGCUCUUUAGACAGCGCAUUCUCAUACUGCUCCGAAUCGUCUGCCUUCAGCCCUACGGAUGUCUCCCCCCUGCCAUUCAUGUUUGGCACUUCUGCCAGACUCCAUGCCUUGUCCCCAAAUGUGGCAAAGAAGUCCUCAAAAGAGUGGCAUAAGCCUUUGACCUCACCUCUGCCCCUGAAUCCUUACAAUGUGGAAUUGUGCACUGAGAAUAGGGGGCAAGACCUGGACAGCAUCCACGGCCAAGGGCAGGCCAAGGGAUUUGUGCCCCUUGAUGCUUUGGAAAGCCCCCAUAGCGAGAGCAGCUGGGAAGAAGGUGAGAGAGAGGUGAGGAAGGUAGGGGCUCUCCCUCAAGCCCUCGCGAGCCACCGGUCUGUAGCGUCCGGUCCCAGCCCCCCUGCCCUUAACCUGAAGAGCAUUCCUCUGGUGACUCAGCAAGUGCAGAGGGAGAAGUCAGUGAAGCACAUAGAGAUAAAGGGCCUGGAAGCUGCCCCUCGUGGUCAAGAAAGACUGAAACGCACCAAGAUAACAGUGUACAUGGCCCCAAAUGAAAGAAGCCCACAGGUAUCUCCGGUGGGACAAGACGAUGACAUGGCCGCUAGUAUCAGCUCAGAUGGUAGCAGCAACCCAAAUGCUCCCAAGAAUCUACACACAGUAAGAGUUCAUAUUCCCCAGACGGUGUUUUAUGGGCAAAACACUCCAUUGGUACUACAAUCCAUCUCCAGGAGGUACCACCGUGAAUUGAUGAGCCAACCACCACAAGUGACGAUCCCCCAAAGUGACCUUCUUCUGGAAGACCCAGUGCAGCAGGUAGCAGGCACCAAAAGCCACAGCAAGAAACGCCGCGGCAGCACCUUCAGCCACACUUUUCGCAUCCUCCUUCCGACCUCCAUUCACAACACCGUCCGGGAGUACUUCAGUCACGACAAUCCCAAGAGCUACUGUUCUGCGGAUGCAGGUGCCCUAGAGAGUGAACUCAUGCAGAGCAGGGCAGGGUGGUUGAGAAGCCAGCCCUGUGCCGGCCCGGCAGCCAAGGAGCAGAAUAACUUGAUGUUGGCAGAAGAGACGUUUGUCUAG